CCAGGCCGAGGAUGAGUCAGAGAGGGAGGGCUUGGCUCCAGGCGAGUCCCGUUGAAAAACCCCGCCCUGGCCCGGCUCCCCUUCGCUCUCUCUCUCGGAUCCGCUUCUGCUGCUGGUGCUGCUCCUCCGGCUGGCAUCUUUCCAAGAUGUCUACUGUCCACGAAAUCCUCUCCAAGCUCACCCUCGAGGGAGAUCACGCUCUCCCUCCGAGCGCCUAUGCCACGGUCAAGGCCUAUGGAAACUUUGAUGCCGAACGAGACGCGGCGGCCCUCGAAACCGCCAUCAAGGUCAAAGGCGUCGAUGAGGUGACCAUCGUCAACAUCUUGACAAAUCGCAGCAACGAACAGCGCCAAGACAUCGCUUUCGCCUACCAGCGGAGGACAAAGAAGGAACUUCCGGUGGCCCUGAAGUCGGCGCUGUCGGGACACUUGGAAGCGGUCAUGCUGGGUUUGCUGAAGACGCCCCCGCAAUACGAUGCAUCGGAGCUCAAAGCCGCAAUGAAGGGCCUGGGGACAGACGAAGACACGCUCAUUGAGAUCAUUUGCUCGCGGACAAACCAGGAACUCCACUUAAUCAACAGAGUUUACAAAGAAAUGUACAAAACUGAGCUGGAAAAGGACAUCAUCUCAGACACAUCUGGCGAUUUCCGAAAGCUGAUGGUUGCCCUGGCCAAGGUUGGAUACUUUGGCUUUGUUGUUAAAUGGCCCCUCUCCAUAGAGAGCCCCGGAUCCCCCGAAAAUGCUCGGCGGUGGGUCCAGAUUGCGCGGCCUUGGGCUCCGAGAGGCCUUCGGAAGUUGGCUCUGCAAAAGAAGAAUGGAAAUGUUGCAAAAAGAGGGCAUCUGUUCGCGAUGCCAAGUUUGCCCUCGGCUCCGGCAAGAGGAUGGAUGGUCCCGGCCUCGUCAUAA